UAAAGCAUGAAAACUCUCCAUAAGUGAAAUACGCAGGGAAGUAAAAUAUAAUGUAAUAAAUAAAGCAAAUUCAAAACGAGUAGUUUGUAUUCUUCCGGUGGAGAGACAACCCCCACGUGGAAAUGUCACAUGAAGGCGGGCGAAUGGGGAGAGCGGGGGCUUUAACCACUUUUGAUCCACAUAACUGCAGUUGCGCCUGUUGUGCGCCUCUUUCCUCCACUUGCACUAAUGCGAGCGACACAGCUGUAGUCAUGACAUUCUUUUCUGUGUGUAAUCUUUUUUCUUCAGACUAGUUUCUCCAACGUCUGUUCCUCAUGGAAUACUGGAGGCAAUGCGCCGCCUGGCUCAUCAGAUGCAAGGUGCUGCCGGUCAACCAUCGGGUUACCUCGGACACUGCACAGGUGUUUGACCUGGCGCAGACCCUACGCGACGGCGUGCUGCUGUGUCAGCUGCUCAACAAUCUGAGGGAGCGCAGUAUCGACUUGAAGCACAUCAACCUCAGGCCGCAGAUGUCCCAGUUCCUGUGCUUGAAGAAUAUCCGCACCUUCCUGACAUGCUGCUGCAACUUGUUCGGCAUGAAGAAAAGUGACCUAUUCGACGCUUUUGACCUGUUUGACGUGCGUGACUUUGGAAAGGUGAUGGAUACACUAUCCAAGCUCUCGUACACAGCCAUCGCACAGCAAGGAGGAUUCAAGCCUUUCCCCACAGAGGAGAGUCUAAAGGACGAGGACAUUUACAAUCACCUAGAAGACCUGAUUGAUGAAACCGCCAUGGAAGAUGAGGAGGACUUAUAUGCAGCAGUAUACAGCUUGGAAGAAGGCUAUGCAGGCGGAGAGAUUUAUGAGGACCUUAUGAGGACUGGGCAGCAGAAGCAGGUCGAGAUGUCAGACGUUCGCAGCUGCUGCCUCUCUGAGAUCAAGCAGACGGAAGAGAAGUACACAGAGACCUUGGAAUCCAUUGAGAAGUAUUUCCUCAACCCGCUCAAGAAAUUUUUCUCCGUUGCCGAAAUCGAUCAAGUGUUUAUCAACAUUCCAGACUUGGUGAAGGUUCACAAGAGCCUCAUGGCAGACGUUCAGGAUUCCAUUCUCAACAAGAAUGCUUUAAAUCUCUACCAGAUAUUUAUCAACUACAAAGAGAGGCUUCUCAUCUAUGGUGUCUACUGCAGCCGCGUGGAGAUUGCCAUCACCGUGCUGGACCUCAUCUGCAAGGAGAAGGAGGACGUCCGCCUCAAACUGGAGGAGUGUUCCAAGAGAGCCAACAAUGGCAAGUUCACUCUAAGGGAUCUGCUGGUGGUCCCCAUGCAAAGGGUCCUAAAGUACCACCUUUUACUCCAGGAGCUGCUCAAGCACACUCACGAAGCUGCAGAAAAGAGCAACCUUAAAAUUGCGCUGGAUGCUAUGAAAGAUCUGGCACAGUUUGUCAACGAAGUGAAGAGAGACAGCGAGACUCUACGGGAGAUGGACCAGUACCAGCGCUCCAUUGAGAACCUUAAUCAGCCGCUAAUCCGCUACGGUCACCCGAGAGGAGAUGGAGAAAUGCGUAUUGUGUCCAACUUUGACCGCAGGAAACUGGUCAGAUACCUUUUCUUGUUUGAUGUGGCCGCCGUGGUGUGCAAGCGACGUGGCGACAACUAUGAGAUGAAGGACGUGCUCGACCUCAAUGUCUUCAAGAUCACCGACAACCCGUUGUCAGACAAGGAGGGCAAGAAGUGGUGUUACGGCUUCUACGUGACACACCAGCAGGGCCACACGGGCUUCGAGCUCUUCUUUAAGACCAGAGAGCUGAAGAAGAAAUGGCUUGAUCAGUUUGAAAUGGCUGUAUCUAACAUUCGACCAGAGUUUGCCAAUCACAAUGGUCACCAGUUCAAGAUACACACUUUUGAAAGAAUCUCUUCAUGCAGCUUCUGUCACCUUCUACUAAGGGGGGUCUUCAACCAGGGUUACGUUUGUUUAAAAUGCGCACGGGCUGUCCACAAGGAGUGUUUGGGUCAGCUGGGUCUUUGCCGGAGGGCUGCAGAGUCAUCCAAGCAUCGCUGCAAAGUCACGUUGAGCCCAUCAGCCAUGUCUCCUCAGGAAGGCACAACACCGCCAGACCCAGGUCUUCCACGGAUGGUAGUGAUCCGAACAUACGAUGGUGUCCCCUGCCCGCCACGCGGCCCCCCGCUGUGUGCCCACGCUGGCGAUGUGAUCGAGCUGAUGUUCGCCGACCUGCACAGCUCCUGGUGGCAGGGCAGAAUCCCGGUGAGCGGCAAGAUUGGUUUCUUUCCCAGUGACGCCGUGAGGCCUUGCCCUUGCCUACCGAAGCCUGUCGAUUACUCCACACAGCUCUGGUUUGCAGGGCCCAUGGAGAGGUGCCAGGCCGAGCUGGAGCUCCAGGACCGAGGGAACAGCACCUAUCUGGUUCGGCAUCGGAGUAAAGAAUGCGCAGAGUACGCCAUCAGUAUAAAGUUCAACGACAGAGUCAAGCACAUUAAGAUUCUGACCAAGGACGGCUGCUUUUACAUCACUGAGUGUCGGCCCUUUAAAACAUUGCUGGACCUGGUGGAGUACUAUAAGCAACACUCCUUAAAAGAAGACUUCAGCAGCCUCGACACCAAUCUGCGUGUCCCUUACCGGCAAUGCUCCGAUGGAAGCUCGCCUUGGGCCAUUAGCAAGACUGGCAGCGUGUUUUCUCCCAGGGUGGUGUCUGUAGCUGUGGCUCGCUACGACUACAGUGCCAGAGACGUGUGGGAGCUUUCUCUACUGCAGGGGGACGUGGUCAACAUCUACAGCAAAACAUCCGAUGGCUGGUGGAAGGGGGAGGUGGCCGGCAAGGCGGGCUGGUUUCCUUCCACCUUUGUCGAAGAGGAGGACUGACUCAGGGUGACGGAUGUCCUGUCCAUUUGAUCACGAUGCACCCCCCCAUCGGCAGCACCCGGGAUCUCUUUGAUGUCGCUGUGAGAAACUCAAAAAGAACCGCACCCUCUAAAACCUUCGCCUCCUUAACACCUGCUGACAGCACUCUUAUGCAGCACACAUGUCACGUCAGGAAUCAGUACUUACUGCACCCCCACAGCUAGACACCCUGUUCCUUCACUGACUCACCUUGACUUAUUAUUGAUGACUCGGCGAGCUGGUGUGAAAGUUGCCUCGGCUGUCAUCAUGUUGCGUUGGCGGGGAAGACUCAGUCAGCUGACUGCCGCCUGGAAGGUGAGCAUGUAAAGCAAGCCAAACUGAUGCUGGAACUCUCUUGUGUUCACAAGGCAGGUAAAUAAACAGAUUAUUUAAUUGAUUUAGACAUCAAUUUUGUGGCGUGUCUUGAUUUGGUGGUCUAGAGCUGGCGCGCCGGGCCGGUACCGGUACCGGUCCGUGGCGCAUUUGGUACCGGGCCGCAAAAGAAAGAAUUUAUUAACGACUGCGUAAUGGCCAAAUUAACUUAAACCUGUGCCCCUUAACUCACCAGUAUCCCUGUCUACUCUAGAUAUUCCCCUAAAGGAUGGAAUGUCGUCAUAGAAAUCCAUUGAUUGGACUGCUAGCAGUACAUCUUGUUUUGUAUAUCUGUGUGCGCUUGUCCUCGAUAAUAAUGUCUGACGAAGGGUGGGCGAAUCACAUUUGUUCCCGGAAAUAAUUCGCCCCCACACUAGAAUGACUGAAACACAGACGUCUUUGGACAGAUUUUUUACGGGGAAAAGGGCACCUGACGAGCCAGAAGAUGAGCCUACAACCUCAAAGAAAACAAAAUCUACACUACUUUCCAAUCGCUAAAGACCCACGAACUGCGAAAGAGUGGAUUUGUGAACAAUUUGUGAAUAAAAAGUGAUUUGAGCAUGUCUGUGCAACAGGAGGAUCAAUUUGUAGAGAUCACAAAUGACGUCGACCUUAAACGUACAUUUGAGACGACUUUACUGAGGUUCUGGAUUAAAAUGAUUCCGGAAUAUCAUGACAUUGCUUGGAGAGCAUUGAAAACCGUGCUACAAUUUCCAACAUCGUAUAUUUGAGAAGCGGGCUUCUCUCACUCUCCUAUCACACAUUGAUGGGACCAUCUCGUCUCAACGAAACUAGCUCAGGCCUCCCACUGAUUCAGCAGGCGAGUUAUAUUUUCCCUGCGUUUAACACGACGGGGCUAAAAACAAAUGUUGUUUUAUAUUUGCUGAAUUUUUCUGGCGCACAUUGCCGGUGUUCUGACAAAUUUGGCAUGUGCGUAACGUUAAAAAUGGCUGCGAAUGCAGCGAUUUCAAAGUAAACACUACAAACUUUUUUUAAAGAAAGGAAUCUUACCUUACGUUUGCCAUGUUAGCUGCACACAACAACUGCACGCAGCUCUCUCACAAGUUCUCCGACUUGAAAAGAUUAGAGAGGCCUGUAAUUGCCAACAUGGGUAAACCUCAGCCAUGGGAGACAGAAUGUGGAAAAAAAAAAACAGAAAAUCACAUUGUUUGAUUUUCAAAGAAUUUAUUUCCAAAUUAGAGUGGAAAAUAAGUAUUUGGUCACCUACAAACAAGCAAGAUUUCUGGCUGUCAAAGAGGUCUAACUUCUUCUAACGAGGUCUAAUGAGGCUCCACUUGUUACCUGUAUUAAUGGCACCUGUUUUAACUCAUUAUCGGUAUAAAAGACACCUGUCCACAACCUCAGUCAGUCACACUCCAAACUCCACUAUGGCCAAGACCAAAGAGCUGUCGAAGGACACCAGAGACAAAAUUGUAGACCUGCACCAGGCUGGGAAGAUUGAAUCUGCAAUAGGUAAAACACUUGGUGAAAAGAAAUCAACCGUGGGAGCAAUUAUUAGAAAAUGGAAGACAUACAAGACCACUGAUAAUCUCCCACCAUUUGGGGCUCCAUGCAAGAUCUCACCCCGUGGCGUCAAAAUGAUAAAUAGAACAGUGAGCAAAACUCCCAGAACCACACGAGGGGGACCUAGUGAAUGACCUACAGAGAGCUGGGACCACAGUAACAAAGGCGCCGCCAGGGACUCAAAUCCUGCACUGCCAGACGUGUCCCCCUGCUGAAGCCGGUACAUGUCCAAGGCCCGUCUGCGGUUCGCUAGAGAGCAUUUGGAUGAUCCAGAAGAGGACUGGGAGAAUGUGUUAUGGUCAGAUGAAACCAAAAUAGAACUUUUUGGUAGAAACACAGGUUGUCGUGUUUGGAGGAGAAAGAAUACUGAAUUGCAUCCGAAGAACACCAUACCCACUGUUAAGCAUGUGGGUGGAAACAUCAUGCUUUGGGGCUGUUUUUCUGCAAAGGGAUCAGGACGACUGAUUUGUGUAAAGGAAAGAAUAAACGGGGCCAUGUAUCGAGAGGUUUUGAGUGAAAAUGUCCUUCCAUCAGCAAGGACAUUGAAAAUGAGACGUGGCUGGGUCUUUCAGCAUGACAAUGAUCCCAAACACACAGCCAGGGAAACAAAUGAGUGGCUUUGUAAGAAGCAUUUCAAGGUCCUGGAGUGGCCUAGCCAGUCUCCAGAUCUCAACUCCAUAGAAAAUCUGUUGAGGGAGUUGAUAGUCUGUGUUGCCCAGCGACAGCCCCAAAACAUCACUGCUCUAAAGGAGAUCUGCAUGGAGGAAUGGGCCAAAAUACCAGCAACAGUGUGUGAAAAGCUUGUGAAGAGUUACAGAAAACGUUUGGCCUCCGUUAUUGCAAACAAAGGGUACACAACAAAGUAUUGAGAUGAACUUUUGGUAUUGACCAAAUACUUAUUUUCCACCAUGAUUUGCAAAUAUUUUUUUGAAAAAAAUCAAUGUGAUUUUCUGUUUUUUUCUUUUUUUUCUCCACAUUCUGUCUCUCAUGGUUGAGGUUUACCCAUGUUGACAAUUACAGGCCUGUCUAAUAUUUUCAAGUGGGAGAACUUACACAAUUAGUGUUUGACUAAAUACUUAUUUGCCCCACUGGAUGUUUAUGAAGUAAAUAGUUUUCUAGCACCGUUGGAUAACAUUGAGGGUUCAUCCGAAUAAAAAAGAGGGCUUUUUCACUGCCACAAAAGCUUUGGGAGUAAAAUUUUAUAAGGGUGCAAAAUUUGACA